AUGGGUAAAGACGCUGCUACUGCCGCUGCAGACGCUGCUACUGCCGUUGCAGACGCUGCUACUGCCGCUGCAGACGCUGCUACUACCGCUGCAGACGCUGCUACUGCCGCUGUAGACGCUGCUACUGCCGCUGCAGACGCUGCUGAGGCCGCUGCAGACGCUGCUACUGCCGCUGCAGACGCUGCUACUACCGCUGCAGACGCUGCUACUGCCGCUGCAGACGCUGCUACUGCCGCUGCAGACGCUGCUACUGCCGCUGCAGACGCUGCUACUGCCGCUGCAGACGCAGGAUUAUACACAUCGCUGAGGAUCUCAUGA